GAAGAAAAGCUUUUCAGAAAUCGCAUGACGCUGACGUCAUACAGAAUGGGGGCUACAAAUACAUAGCCUAUUGUCAGAAAUAACUGACCUGAAAACAAACUGACAGGCACCAGAGCUGCAGAAAAUGCAUCGCUGUCUCUGCUGUUGCUGCUUCUCUAGUGAAAACUCCGAGAGCGAGAGGCAGCCUCUCCUGCAGCCCACAGCAUCUGAGCUGAAUGAAAGUGCAUCAGCCAGGCAGAUCCAACCAGCAUGCAGUGCAAAGGCCGUGAGGCGGAUUGGCAAGGUGGUGAUUAAGCGAGUAGGUGUGCCCGAGUUGGAUCAGAGGUUUUCUGACAUGGCCGAGACCUUCAAUGAACAGCAGGAGCACUUUAACGCCAUGGCCCGACACAUCAGGAGCCUGCGACAGAGCUGCGGCUGUGUCCAUGGUGAUACCUUGGCUUUUGCUGAAUGCGUGCGCAAGAUCAGAGAGGAGCAUCAAGCCACGCACAGUGUCUGUCUUAAGAUGAAGGGCUAUGACUUCUCCCUCAGUGUGGUUCCUGUGGGGUUAGAGGGAAAAGGUGAGGAGGAACCACUGCCUCCAAGUCUCAAGUUGGCUCAGGAGGAACUGAGGGGCACUUCUGAGAGCGCCAGAGCCACCAUGUCAAGGGGUACUACACUUAAAGAACUGCUCAACUGGCUGCUCCAUAGCAGGGAUCACAUGGCUGAACAAGUUAGGCAGGUAGCACCAUCUUACCAGGAGCACGGAAGACUGAAGACAAACCUGGAGGAGAACAUGAGGGAAGUGAAGAGGGCGAAGGAGUUGGCAGUGGGAUACAGACAACAAGCUGCAGAAGUCCUCACUGAGGCUUCACAGAUCGCAAGGUCUUACUCAUAGUUUAUUUUGAAUGCUUUCUUUGAAUCCACAAAUUACAUUUUAAGUUUUGUGUAUCUUUACAGUUUUUACACAUUCUUUGAUACUUAUAGAGAAAACACUUUUGUCAACUCUUUUUUUUUUUGAUAAACUUGUCAGUUGCAAACCUAGUAAAAGUCACUUUGUGAACAUGCACAAGGCUGCCACAUAUCAGAAUCAGUAAUCUGUAUUCAUAACCUCCAACAACAUCAGGAAUGUUUGGAAUGUGACAGAACAGAUAAUACGACACGUACACACAGAAUGCCACUCAUGUAUGUAAAGAUACCAACUGCACACUGUGCUUUGCAGGCCUUUGCAGUGUCUUGUUUAAUGUUUGUUACAAGGACAUGAAGAUUUACGAUCAUACCUGCCUUUUAAAUAUUGUAUUAAAAUGAUCAGGAAUAUAGCAGAGAUUUGCACUCACACUCCUACUAUAAAAUUUGUUUGUGUGAAUAAUUAAAUUUUUCUUUUAGAUGUGCAGUUUCACCAACUAACAUCAGGGGGCAUUGCAGACCUACUUUACUAUUGUAACAGCUGGUCUUUGAUUCAUAUUCUUUAAAUGUAGUCUGUCUCAGAAAUUGUAUUUCAUGGAUAAAGAUUGACUAAAUCCUAGAAUUCCUGAAUCAGGUAUCCACAUAAUGAAUGCAUCACUAUUUUUUUUUUAGAAUUUUGUACCUGAUUAGACACUUUUAGCAAAGCUUUGCCUUGUGGGAAAAUUGUAGUCAGGUUGUGUACUGCACUGGACAUUUCUUCUAUUGAGCCAUACAGGACAAGACAGGAUACAGUCUCUUACAGCGGCAAUGGGAACUCAACUUGAGGUUUGUUGUACUGUUUGUGUCCUUUUGCUAUUGUAACAUUCAGAUGGAGCAGAUUUGCUGCUUAUUAUCCACAAAAGUCCCAUUGCAUUUAUUAACUGAUUAAAAACUGAAGCUUCCCAGCGUCUGUUGAUGUGAAAGCAAACAAACACAUGGUCAUAUGCCAUCUUGAUAAUUAAUUUUGGAAAAUCCAUUGUUCCAGAGGUCAUUGUCAAGUGGUCAUGCAUUAUUUAUCUGAGAGAGUACUGCUUUGGCCUUAAGCUUUACAGAUUAAUUUGGCAUUAAGUGUGCAGGAUGUGUUGGAUAAAACCAGAGAGCAUUCAAUUAGUCUCAUAAUGAAAAGGUUCUGUAAAUAUAACAAGUAAAUGAAAUUAUUUUUUACAUAUUUAAUACAGACACCCUAACUAUAUGUCUUUGAUGAUUUUGACUGAUUCAGUGUUAGUGUGAUAGAAUUAUUAAAAUUAAAAUUUAUAUUUAACUACUUUCAUGAUUAAAAUGUGAAUAUGUUGUAUUUUUAAUCAAACGA